AUGUGUUUAGUCUCCAAGGAUCGUCCGUGGCCAGGAGCUUGUGUGUCGGAAAGAUGACUGCUCAGGAGGUGCGUCUGUGUGGUCUUCUGCUGCGGGAGCACUUUGGAGAGGUGGUGGAGAAAGUAGGAACGCAUCUGGUCAAAAAUGGAGCACAGAAUUUAAGAACCAUCAUACAUGAGACUGGCCUCUCGCUGGACCUGAUAAAAAAGUCCCUGUGUGUGCUCGUGCAACAUGGCGUCUGUGUGUUCAGAUCAGGCCGCAGAGGACCUGGAAGCCCCACAGAGUAUCGGACUUGCCCUGAUCUGAUUCUACGAAUUCUGCGUUACCCACGUUACAUCUACACUGCCAAAACCCUAUACGGUGACACCGGAGAGCUAAUCAUAGAGGAGUUACUGCAGAGAGGUCACAUGACCAUGAGCGGUACUGUGAAGACUGUUGCUGACCGGCUCACACAGAACAUGGAGGAGGGACGCAGUAUGGAUUACAAUGAAGUGACCUCUGCCUUUUCCAAACUGGUGGAGACCCAUUUUCUUCAGCGCUGCCCUCCAAUGGCAGCAGCAGCAGCAAAAACAGACACUGCUACCCCAGCGACUCCCGCUACCCCUGGUACUCCUGCUGCCCCUGUUAGCACCACCCUGCCCACACCAGAGAGCUUCCCCGACUGCUACAAGGUGCCUCAUGUGACUCUCAUAGGGCGAGGCAAACGCCAACUCUCCACUGAGGAUGGAGAAGACCAAAGGAAUGCAAAGAGGCCAAAGUUAGAUACAGAAAAUCAUGGUGAUGAGGGGAUUUACUGGCAGGUGAAUUUUGAAAGGUUCCAUCUCCACUUCAGAGACCAGGCCAUCAUCGGUGCCGUAGCCAACAAACUGGACCAGACUAGCAGUGAGAUAGUGAGGACUAUGCUGAGGAUGAGUGAGGUGACGACCUUGCCCACAGCCACCUGCACAAAGCCUCUCUCAGCCAAUGAGAUCUUCAAGUCCCUCCCAGCCACCUACAACAUCCCCAGACCCAUCUUAGACCAGUACCUCACUCUGCUGGUGGAUGACCCGAUGGAGUUUGUGGGGAAGGCUGGUGAAAGCGGAGGAGGGAUGUACGUUGUCAAUCUGAACAGAGCACUGGCCAAUCUAGCACGGGCCACGCUUGAGUCUGUGGUACAAGAGAGAUUUGGAUCCCGGUCUGCGCGCAUCUUCCGUCUGUUGCUAAGGAAACGUCACCUGGAGCAGAAGCAGGUGGAGGAUUUUGCCAUGAUUCCAGCCAAGGAGGCCAAAGAUAUGCUCUACACACUGCUCUCACAGAACCUGGUCCAGCUACAGGAAAUCCCAAAGACUCCAGACUACGCUCCCUCUCGUACCUUCUAUCUUUACACCGUCAACCAGCUCCCUACUGCAAGAAUGCUGCUUCAGAACAGCUUCAAGACUGUAGCAAACCUCAUCGAGAGACGCCUAUUUGAGUCCAGUAACAGCAAGCGUCUGCUUGAGAAAUCCCAGCGAAUAGAGGCAAUCCUGGCAUCUCUGCAGGCCAGCGGAGCCGAGCCAGAACAGCUGACUGAGGUUGAGGAGAUGAUCACUGCUCCUGAAAAGCAACAGCUGGAGUCUUUACGGCUUCACAUCAACAAGUUAGAUUCAGCAGAGAACCAGGUCGAUGAAACCAUCUUUCUGCUAGAAUCUUACGUCAACUCCACCGCCACAUCCACAAGCUGAGAGUCAGAUGUACGAGCAUCAAAACCUACAGAACAUAGUGUUUUUCCUUUACUUUUUGUGUAUGAAUGCUGACAAGUAUGGCUGUUUUAUAGUAUAUAUAACAACUGCAUUGUUUCAUUUUGAAGCGGAAUAAAAUCUGAAUAGAU